UUUCCACUUGCUUUAAUGCGGACCAGUUUUACAGGCAAAGACAGAGGACAGCCAUUUGCCAGCGCAAGACCCCAAAGGGCCAAGAUGGCGGCGCCCAUCACAGACGCCGGGGAGUUUGAAAGCUGGCUAAAUGAUCGGCUGGACUCGUUGGAAGUGGACCGUGAAGUGUACGGGGCGUACAUUUUAGGGGUCCUACAGGAAGAGGAGUGCGAUGAGGAGAAGGAAGACGCCCUUCGAGGGAUUUUAUCCGCAUUUCUGGACGAAGACAGAGUGGAGGAGGUUUGCAAACAGAUCAUCGAACAAUGGACGGACUUCUGCAGCCGAUUGGCAGCAAAAAGAGACGCUGAAGAUGCUGAGGUCCAGGCCAUCGCCAGCAUGAUAGAAAAACAAGCUCAGAUCGUGGUGAAACAGAAGGAGGUGUCUGAAGAGUCGAAGAAGAGGAAAGAAGCCCUGCUUGCUCAAUAUGCUAAUGUUACGGACGAAGAGGAUGAAGCUGAAGAAGAGGAGCUAACAAGUGGAAACACCCUAGCAGGAAAUGAUAAAUCCCUGUUUAAGAACACCAACGUGGAGGAGGUGUUGCAUAGACAAAAGCAGAAGAGAGACCAGGCUCGCGAAGAUGCUCAGAAGAAGAAAGAAAUGGACAAAAUGCAGCGGGAGAAGGACAAACUAGCGAAACAAGACAGAAAAGAGAGGGAGAAGAAGCGUACACAGAAAGGUGAACGCAAAAGAUAAAACCAACGGGAAAGGACAUUUUCUAUAUGAAAGGUUUUUGUAAAAAGAAAAAAAAAAAACAAAGAUUGCUUCUCUGAUGACGCUUCAUUGUCACUUUCAGUUAGUGAACCUGACAGGUGUAAAGAGUUAAGUGCUGGUUGUUGUGCACAUACAAAAUCCAUUUUUUAAAUAUUGGAUAUUGAUUUAAGCCAGUACCGAGGGAAGUUGUUUAGGAAUAAAACUGCAAAUCUUUAAAUGAUUGGAAUAAUCUUGUAAUUGAUCAGAUUAAUUACUAUGCAUUCUGAAGUCUCUGCUGAGAUGUUUUAAAUGAAAGUAAAUGAUCAUAUCAAACUUUAUUCUUUUGACUUUAAAAAUUCUGUUUUACUUCUACAGAGAAGAGUGCUAGGCAACUGAUACCUCAAGUAUUUCAUGUAUCAUGAUCUGAGUGUUUGCAGUGAGGUUGAUAAUACUUAAUCAAAUAAACCUUUUCAGUUA